AUGGGCACGUCCAGCAGAGCACAACGUGCCACAUUCUCCUAUCCGGCUCUUCCAGAACUUAAGCUAAUUCUCACUCUAGCGUCUUUUACUCUGGUUUAUGGCAUCUACUGUGUGUAUCAGGCCAGCAAAAAUUUCGUCUGGACUAUCGGCGAUUAUGGCGUUCUUAGUUCACUUCCGCUGAUAGGACCAGUAAUGAAAGAUCACACGAGCUGGGAAUGGACACACUGGUCCCCAUUUGCAUGGAGUUAUUUGCCAGUAUUUAUGGCGCACACCGUUUUUUUCAACGUUGGGACCAGUUUAAUGGCUGAAACACCGUUUACCAUCAUCUAUACGUUAUGCAGUAUAGCAGCAUGUGUCUACUAUUUCUCACCACUUCUGGUGGGGAUUUCUUUAGCACAGGGCACAGUGAUGUUCAUAGCUUCCCAUUUCUUUAGGAGGAAGACUACGGUCUGGAUAUCGUCACUGCCUCUACUCUACUACAUGAUGCACGAGACUGCAAGAUUCUCCGCCAAUCCCUUCCUUAUAUACACUUUUGUCUCAUACAGUAUGCUCAGCUACGUUUCAUACUGUAUGGAUACGAUUAAUGGAGUCGGUCGCAAACAGGAUGACACUUUGCCGAAACGAUAUCUACGGAUGAUGUUCUACACAUUCUAUCAGCCCUAUCUUUUCUCGCUUAUAACCCUUUACGCCGAUUUUGAGCGACAAAUAGCGGCAAGGAACACAAAACCGAGAGAUUGGAAGCACUGUGCAUUUUUCGCUGCAAGAAUUGCUUUGUGGUGGACCGUUAUGGAGGUGGCGCUGCAUUUUUUCUACUAUGAUGCGAUUCUCAGAAAUAUUCAUUACGCCAGCAUUCUCCCGAAGAAUCAGCUAUUCUCGAUUGCAUUGGCAAUAGGUAUAUUUUUCCACAUGAAGUACGUGGUUAUCUUCGGAGUGCCAAGCAUUUUUGCGAAAUUGGAUAACAUGGAACCGCAACCAGGACCUAUCUGUAUUUCUCGUGUCAUGCUAUUUUCGAAGGUAUGGAGAGAAUUCGAUCGUGGACUUUACCAAUUUUUCAAGACCUAUAUUUUUGUUCCAAUUUGUGAACCUACGUUCUCGCUUCCAAGAAAAGUUACUGGAGUACUGGUUUCCUAUUCAUUCGUACUAUUAUGGCACGGAUUCUACCAUCACAACAUCGUGUGGAUAGUUCUCAACAUAAUUUCUCUGAUAUUGGAAAUGAGCGCAAAAUCGCUGUAUGCAAUUGAUGGAUUCCGUAUCUGGAGAGAAAAAACUAUCAGCGACGUAAAUUUCCGUCGAAUAAUGGGUCCGCUGUACAUAGUGCCUUUCGCUUUUGGCCUAUAUUCAAACAUCUAUUUCUUGGGAGGAUCAGAUACGGGCGCCUUAUUUGUGCGAAGGUUCUGGGAUGAGGAGACUGUCCCUUUGAGAUGGCCGUUUUUCCUGCUCAUCUUCCUCGGUUAUAUCAACUCGCAACUUUGCAUGGAAGUGGAAAGACGACUGGAAUUACAAAAGAAACACGAAGGCGAAGAAGCUGCCCGCAAAAACAAAUAA